GCGCUUGUUUGAUUGCAGAACGCUUCUGAGCAACAGCGGAGUGGCUGUCACGCCCAGUCAAACUUUUAUACGGCAUUAUUCUUUGUGAAAUUAUCCAGACAUCAGCUACUAUGUUUUUGCUUGAGACAGAGUCGCUGGACUGCACGAGUAAUCUUUUUGAAAGCGGGUUUGCGGUGAAUGGAGGUCUGAGUGGUCGCGGGCAGUCUCCAGCGCAUCUCGCGGCGUGCGGAGGUCAGGCCUUCUGCUUGCUUUGGCUGCUGCAAACCGCUGCUGAUGCAAACCAGCAGGACGCGAGCGGAGAGACACCCAUGCAUAAAGCAGCCAGAGCGGGCAGUCUGGAGUGCAUCAGUGUGCUGAUGGCAAGCGAGGCACAUUUCGAGUAAGUGGAUGGUUUGAUAGUUCCUGUUUCAAGCAUU